ACAUAUUUUCUUAGUUUAAUCAUUUAUAGAGUGUUUAAUUUUCGUUGUGAGUAAUGACUAUAAUACAGCAUAAGGUGUUCUGGCAAUUAAUAGUUUUGUCAGUUAUGUUACGCAACUGUUUAGCCGCAAGAUCUGAGUUUUCAAUGCCUAACGGGAAAGAGAGCAAGCUAGAUGAUGUGGUAUCUAUGGUGAAUCGCUGGAAGUAUAACUUGGAACCGCAUAGAGUGACUACAGCUGACGGCUACGUUUUGACAGUAUUCCGUAUUCCAAAAAAGGAUUCGUCCAAAUACCCGGUUUACUUACAGCACGGCCAUCUUUCUUGUGGGGCUGCCUUCCUGGCGAACCAAAGAAGCUUAGUGUAUCACCUGUUCAACAAUGGUCACGAUGUUUGGGUGGGAAACGCGAGAGGAACUCAGUUCUCCCAAAAACAUCAGCGUUUUGAUACAAACAGCGCUAAAUAUUGGAAUUUCAGUUUUCACGAAAUGGGCAAGUUUGACCUCCCAGCAGUUAUACAGUACAUCACUCACACCACUGGCAAAUCCAAAGUGCACUACAUCGGCCACUCUAUGGGAACCACAAUGUUUCUGGUUAUGGGAUCCUUGCUCCCCGAAAACCUGGUACUCGUUGACACUGUAACUUUCCUGGCUCCCGUCGCGGUGCCCAAGCAUUUGACGGCGCUCUCAUCGACGCUCAAAUGGACCAUUGCUAACUUCGCCACGAAAACUUUACCGAUGAUUGGUGUUUCCAAACAUGGAAAACACCCUUGGAUCGCAAAGCUCAAGCAUAAUAUUUGCGGCUCAGAGAAACUUUACGGUGGUCUAUGCAGGGUAUUGACUGGAACACGAAAGGAAGAGGAGAUAGUUGUAAAACGUGUGAAAAGUGAAACCGAUGAAAACUCUGCAGUAGAAGUAGUACAUACAGUUGUAAGCUCCAGCAAGUUUGAUCGAUUCGCUGCAGAAAAUGUGAUUGAGUACUCUUUUCAUGGCACAUCAUGGAAGACCCAUCGCCAUUUUCUGCAGAUUAUUAAAGCAGGAAGGUUCCAAGAGUUUGAUUAUGGAAAAGAUAAUCCAAAUGUGUACGAUGGAAAAACAAAACCGUUUAUGUACAAACUACAGAAUAUAAAUAAACGAAUAUAUCUGCUUUCUGGAAAAUUGGAUACCAUAGCUCGACCAGAGGACGUGGAUUGGCUAGCCGUUCGUCUAAAUGAUCCCUGGUUGAUUAAAGAAGGGUUCGAAGAUUUCGACCACACUGCCUUCAAUCAAGGGCGAGGUAUCGAUAGGGUGCUUCAAACUGUUGAAGAAAUCAUAGUAGCCUCUGAACAGGAGAGGGUUCCAGAUUUGCCAAAGGAUUUUGUAGUACGGGAUUCGAAUAUCGAAUAUGAGUCAAAAGAAGAAGAAGAACACCAAACACCAGACAAAUUUAGCUUUUCCAAAUUAUUCCGAAGAAAUCAAGAUAAGAAGGUUGACAACGGUGAGUACAAAACUACAUAGCACCAGUGUAUCCAAUUUGAUAUUUCAAAACAGAUAUUUUAUUUGAUAUUUUGUUUACUCCUCUUAAUUAUUCAGAUAAUUCAUUUUGGAACAGUCGCUUGAAUGCCUCUCAAAACUUUUAUUCAUUGAUAAUAAGGAUGUUUGGUCUACUGUUUUCCAAUGUACAAUAAUGGGGUUUGUUAAUAGGAUUUUUCCAAUUGAAUGUCUAUU